CCUCGAAGCCGCGCGGAACGGACGUUGGGCCCGAGAACGCGACAUCUCGUGCUACCGCCGUGCUUAAGGGGCUGCUGUUUAGGCCCCGUCGCAGUUCGCGCCUACGGAUAUCCGUCGUGGGCUUAGAACCGGACCGAUCUCGUCCUUCGGUUAAGACGGAGUCGUGCCGCGUAACGGUCCGGAGCGAUAUACCGAGUGUUCUCUCUCUCCGGUCGAGAGGAACCAACGCGGCCGGAGACAUCAACGCGUGGACGGAGAGAGAGAGAGAGACGGUUCGUCGCACGGACGGCACGCGUUCGGCCGUGCCAUCGCGCCGCGAAGAGACGCGUACGUGAGUCUGCGAGCGUGAACCGUAAACGCUCAUCGUGUUUUAUGCACGUGUGUUUCGUGUACGAGGUCGGGCAGAAGCGCGUUACUUGCGCGGGAUUAGCGCGUGCAUCGGCGACGAGUGUGUACGUUGACAGUUUACCUGUUCACGAGGACCAUUUCGACAGCCUGGUUCCUCGCCUAAUCAUUCGCACUCUGUACUCAGAUUUGAUCGACGAGCCGGGACUUACAAGUGGACGAUUCUCGGGGAUCCGGCUAUGAUGACAGCCACGACGUUUGAUCCGGACCGACGUGGUGAAACGAAUUAGAUAUCCAGAAAAAGAGAAGAUCCGCGAGGUUCGCGACGUAGGAUCACGUCGAGAACGUGUCCCAAGGACAGACGCGCGAGGUGUCCGACGGGACGAGACAUGAUCGUCACCAUGUACGACGCGAGACGAUCGCGCCAAGUUCGCGACCGGUCGUGCUGAUCGUCCGACUAUCGGUCGUGGAUCUAAUGCGAGGAAUGUGCCAUAUCUCGCCGUCGAGAUAUCUCCAGUGACAGCGGGUGUGCAGCGGGUAGAACUAGCGGGUAGAGCGAGAGAGCUCUGGUAUCAGUCGCGAGGCAGAACGAGGAGAAGAGAGGAGAGCGAGAGAAGAGGAAACGGAGCAGCGCGGCAGAGAGUUGUCCGCUACGUUCGUCCGGCGAAAGAAUCUCCAACGACGCUGGUAUGCCUCCGAGGACUGUACCGGAGAACAGCAGCUCGCGCGCGGCCACGGAAGGUCGACGAUGCGGUGAAAUCGCUCUCUGCGAGUUCUAAGUGAACGUCCGUUCUCUCCUCGCGAGAGAGGGGUGGUAGUACGCGUGUGUACGCGCCGGGUGGAAGUGAUACACAGUCAAUAGCAAGGAUAAAACUGAGUGAUUGUGAUUGAUUGGUGUGCUGGUGCUAAAAAAGAAAGAAAAAAGGUGGGUGAUCACAUAAAGGUGCCGGUGGAACGCGCGACGGUCUCGUAGUGUUUGUCAUUCGCGGACAACGGCAAGUUUUGGCGGCGGAAGGAGCGGCACGCGCGCGCGGAACCGUACGAGGACUUGGUCGUCGUGAGACAGCAGGAGCCGCGAGAGGAAAUAGCAAUAGACUACACUUGGCCCGCUCUUUCUACCUCGGCCUCUCGCGACACUUGGCCGCGUAGGAAUGGAAAGAUCGAGAUAAUAUCGCGAGACGGGAGAGGAGGUGAGGCGUGGAGGCCGUGGCGGUGUUGGAGGCCCCAGGAUGUGGCAUCUGCUACUGUUCCUCGUCCUGGGAGCGACCCUCGCCCCAGGCACGCGACCUGAGCGCGUGAUAUACCUGGAGGUCUCCGAGAAUGCGCUGCCCGGCACCAGGGUAGGCUUCAUCGACAGCGACACCUUGCCGCUCUUCGUGAUAGUGCCGAUCCCCGGGUCGUCGAUGGAGACCGAUUUGGAAGUCAUCAAGGAAACGGGCGAGGUGAAGACGAAGGUCCCGUUGGACCGCGAGACCCAUCCGUCAUAUAGCCUACUGGUGUUGCCGCAGAGCAUACGGGUCGUCGUGAACGUGCUUGACGAAAACGACAACGCGCCCACCUUUCCCGUGGGACACGUGAACGUGGAGUUCCCGGAAAAUUCGCCACGCGACGCCAAACGGGCGCUACCGCCGGCGCAGGACCCCGAUCUCGGCUUGUACUCCACGCAACGCUAUGAGAUCGUGUCGGGCAAUCACGGCGACGUGUUCAGGCUGUCGCAGCAUCGCGGUCGCGAUGGCGUUCUGUACCUGGACCUGCAAAACUCCGGCUCGCUGGACCGAGAGGCGCGUUCGCGCUACCAUCUGGUGAUCGAGGCCCUUGACGGUGGCACGCCACCGCUUCGCUCGAGCCUCUUCGUGAACGUGACGGUGCAGGACGUCAACGACAACCCUCCCAUCUUCAACCAGACGAGAUACGUGGCGAGCGUGCCGGAAAACGCGACGGUCGGCACGGCCGUGCUGGCGGUAAACGCGACCGACGCCGACGCCGGCGACAACGCUCGCAUCGAGUACUCCAUCAACCGGCGGCAGUCCGAUCGGGAGGAGAUGUUCCGUAUUGACUCGCAGACCGGCAUGGUCUACGUCAACAAGGCUCUCGAUUUCGAGUCGAAGGAACGACACGAGCUGGUGAUCGUCGCCCGGGACUGCGGCGCUCAGCCGUUGGAGGCGAGCGCCUUCCUUUCCGUGCGCGUGACUGACGUCAAUGACAAUCAGCCGGCGAUCACCGUGAUCUUUCUGUCGGACGACGCAACUCCCAAGAUCAGCGAGAGCGCGCAACCCGGCGAGUUUGUCGCGCGGAUAUCCGUCAGCGACCCCGACUCCAGAACGGAGUACUCGAAUGCAACGGUCACGUUGGCCGGCGGAGAAGGCCACUUUGGCUUGACCACGCGGGACAACAUUAUAUACCUGGUGGUAGUGGAGAGGCCGUUAGAUCGCGAAGAGAAACCCGUCUACGAGCUGUCGGUGGAAGCGACGGACGCCGGCACGCCUCCUCUGAGGGCCGUGCGCACCUUCAGGCUGCUCGUCACCGACGUCAACGACAACGCGCCCAAGUUCGAGCAGGAGACGUACGAGGCUUACCUGCUGGAGGCCUCCGAGCCCGGCGUGUCGGUGCUCAAAGUGACCGCGAGCGAUCUCGACGAGGGCGCCAACUCGGCCAUCCGUUACUCCCUGUUGAACAGCACGUGGUUCGCGAUCGACGAAACGACCGGACUCAUCACCACGGUGACCCACGUGGACUGCGAGGCCGACCCGGCGCCGAUUCUCGUUGUGAUCGCGACGGAUUCGGGACGGCCGCCGCUCAGCAGCAGCGCCACCGUGUGCGUGACGAUUCACGAUUUCAACGACAACGAGCCCAUCUUCGAGAAGCCGCUCUACAACGCCACCGUGCCGGAGGACCUGCCUGUCGGCGACUGCUUCCUCAAGGUGCAAGCCACCGAUCCCGAUUGCGGCGUAAACGCGAUGGUCAAUUAUACCUUGGGCAGCGAUGGGCUGGAGAGUGAGCAGCUCCUGGUGCACAGUGAAACAGGCGAUAUUUGUGUCCGGUCACCGUUGGACAGGGAAGUAGCGCCCUACCUGGAGCUACCCGUCAUCGCCACCGACAGAGGUGGAUUAAGCACAAUAGCGAUCGUACGCAUCCAGGUGACGGAUGUGAACGACAACCGGCCGAUUUUCGAGCCGCGAAAGUACAACGUGACUCUAAGGAGCGACGCGAUGUCCGGGCCGAUACUCAAGCUGGUAGCAACCGACCUCGAUGCCGGUGACUUCGGUCAGGUCACUUAUCACAUCAGCAGCGGCAACGAAGCCGCAGCCUUUCGCAUCGAUCGCAGUACCGGCGAGUUGCACGUGGCGAGGCCGAAUCUGCUAUCUCUUCCGAUGUUGCACCAGCUCAACGUGACAGCGACAGAUUCGGCCGGCCUGAAGAGCAUCGUCGAUGCCGAGGUCAAGGUCACCAUUGCCUCCGCCAGCCAGAGGAUCGCCACCUGCGAGAAUCCGCGCUAUACCAUCACCGUUAAGGAGAAUAUCCCGCAGAACACCGUCGUCGGCGGCGUGAAGGAUACCACGACGGCGUCAUCCUCCUCGACAGGCGAUCGACCGAGCAGGUUUUAUCUGGUGAGAGAGGAAGCAGAUCUCUCGUUGGAUCCCAACACCGGAAUACUGAGGAUUCGACAGCCGCUCGAUCGGGAAUCACGUGACAAAUACGUUCUCAGCAUCAAGGCGCGUAAUGGUGGCUACGUUGGCUAUUGCCAGUUGGAGCUGAUCGUGGAAGAUGUGAACGACAAUACACCGGCAUUUGGCACGACCACCGUCCGCAUCUCCGUGCCGGAAUCGCAUCCUCUCCACGUGCCCUUGUACAUAGCGCACGCUACCGAUCCGGACAUCACGCCACCGUCGCCGAUACGCUACGUUCUCGCUCAAAACAGCAACGAUCUUUUCGGGAUAGACGCGCGCUCCGGCGAGCUCUAUUUGGCGAGGCGAUUGGAUUACGAGACCCAGCAGAGGCAUGGCCUGCUGAUAAGGGCUCUGGACGGCGCUGGGCUCUCGGCCAACCUCAGCCUGAGCGUCGAGGUGCAGGACGUGAAUGACAACCCCCCAAGGUUCGAGAGGAACGAGUAUUACAUGGAGGUUCUCGAAGGCGCCAGGCUCGAUUCCCAGAUUCUUCAGGUGACAGCGGUCGAUCUGGACACGGGGAAUAACGCGAGAGUGAGCUAUCGCCUUCAGGGCUCGCCCGCCUUUCGCAUCAACCCCAACACCGGCUGGAUCGGCCUGGUGCAGAACUUAGAUCGCGAAACAGUCGAUCGGCUCACCUUGACGGUGUUCGCGUCCGACAACGGAUAUCCUGCGGCGACCGCGAACGCCUCCGUGCUGGUGAAGGUCUUGGACGAUAACGACAACGAUCCACGUUUUGAGAAGGACUUUUAUGGAUUCAAGCUGCUGGAGAAUCUCGCGCCGGGUACUCUGGUGGGCUCCGUGAGCGCCACCGACCCCGAUCUCGGCAAGAACUCGCUCCUCAGGUACUCGGUGGUUCAGGCCAACAGCAGCUUCGCCGUGGAUCCCGACACAGGUAAGAUCACCACGCGUGAGCCGCUCGAUCGUGAGGCGAAAGAGGUGCACGAGCUGAUGCUGGAGGCGCGCGAUCAGGGAACACCGUCCAGAGCCGCUAGGGUACCUAUGAAGGUCACCGUGUUGGACGUCAACGACAACUCGCCCGAGAUCGUCGAUCCUCAGGGGGACGUGGUCAGCGUCAGGGAAGAACAGCCGUCUGGAACGGAAGUCGCCAAGGUGCGAGCAUUGGACACGGACUUUGGCGAGAACGCCUCGGUGACUUACAGCAUCUUAAAAGAUCGAGAUUCGGACGGUUACAAUGUCUUCACCAUCGACCCGAUCACCGGUAUGAUCAGGACCAAGGCCGUGCUCGACCACGAAGAGCGCAACGUAUAUCGGGUGUCCGUAAAGGCGACCGAUGCCGGACAUCCGCCGCUGCACAGCAUUCGCGCGUUUCGAGUUGAAGUCUUGGCGCUUGCGGAUAACCGGCCGACCUUCACCAGCAGCAGCCUUACCUUUCACGUGCGCGAAGAUGCGAGUAUCGGACACGCAGUAGGGUCAGUGUCAGGGGCGGGUCCCGCGGGUCGCGUGGCCUUCACCUUGAACUCACUGACGCCGAUCAGCGAGUUUCCAGCUUUCGACGUUGACCGCAGCUCAGGCCAGCUGGUGGUCGCGCAUUCCCUCGAUCGUGAAAACGUGAGCGAAUACCAUCUGGAAAUUCGUGCGUUGGACACGACCUCGAUCGGGAAUCCCCAAAGCAUCGCCGUCUCUGUGAAAAUCAUUAUCGAGGACGCCAACGACAAUCCACCGAGAUGGCCGCAGGAUCCGAUAAUUGUUCACAUACCCGAAACAGUAGCGAUUGGAUCGACCAUCUACAAUCUCACAGCCAGCGAUUUGGACAGCGGCUUGAAUGGCGAACUGAGAUAUAGCCUGGUGGCUGAAUUUCCGCCGACGAACAGCUUCGCCGUGGAUUCUUUGACGGGUGCUUUGACGUUGGCUAAGUCACUCGAUAGGGAGGAAAGAGCCAAGUACACUUUGAUCCUUAAAGCUUCGGAUCGGGCGCCACCAGGAGAGCAAUUAGCUUCUACUGUAACCGCGAAGAUCGUCGUGCUUGAUCAGAACGACAACGACCCCGUCUUUAUCGCCCCGGAAUCCACCAAGAUAGCCGUCGCGUCGAAUCUUCAACCUGGUACCAGUCUGGUGAGAGUUGUCGCUGUGGACAAGGACUUUGGUAACAACGGUCGAGUGUCCUACGUGAUCACCGCGGGCAAUGAGGAAGCGCGGUUCUCCGUGGGCUACGAGUCGGGCAUCGUGAGUCUCGAGAAGCCCAUCGCGAGACCCAUGGAUCUCGAGAUCACCGCCAACGAUCACGGAUUGCCACCCCGUAAGGCCGUGUUGAAGCUGAGUUUGACUCCGUCGAUGACGCAAGCGAGUGGCCCUCCGCGGCUACUGCUGCCCAAUCCUGUCGUCGAGAUCUCCGAAGACCUGCAAGUCGGAACAGCCGUGUUGAACGUAGCAGGACCAGCGGUCGCGGAUCAAGGGAACGUCACCUUCAGCAUACCAGCCGACAUAGCUUCGAACAAGUUCGCCAUAGCUCCUAACGGUCUAGUCACUCUUCGAGGUUCCUUGGAUCGUGAGAAAGUCGCGCGUUACUCCGUUUCCAUCUUAGCGAGGUCGAGCAAGCUCCUGGAUAUUACCACUCUGGAAGUAAUCGUGUUGGACGAGAACGACAACAGCCCGGAAUUCCGGCCAAAUUCCUGCUACAACCUUGCUGUGCCGGAAAAUCAGGAAAUCUUCGGGAUCCACACAGUGGCUGCGACCGAUCUUGACGAGGGGAACAACGGCGAAAUCUCUUACAGCAUUACAGGUGGCAACAUCGGUUCCAAAUUCACGCUGGAUUCAUCCACCGGUGUAUUAUCGAUGUCGAGUCUGGAUCGCGAGACCACGCCCAGAUAUGCUCUGAAGAUCUCCGCCAAGGACAAGGGAAGGCCCAGCCUAGAAGCGCACUGCAAUCUCAUCGUGAUUGUUCUGGACGUCAACGACAACGCGCCGACCUUCCUGCAAGAUCAAUACGUCGAGUCUCACUCGCGCAGCAAUUUGCAGAGUUCGGAGUACGGCAGUUUCGGUCUGCCCAAUGGUGGCUUUCAGUACGGAUCGUCGAACUAUCCGGCGAACUAUCAUCUCGCCAAGUACGUGACGACUAUUUCGGAAGACAUUGCGCCGGACUCGAGCGUUAUGAACGUGAAGGCGACGGAUCCGGACCAAGAUGAAAAUGGGAGGAUUACGUACGCCAUCGCCGAGGAGACGAGUUGGCUCUUCAGGGUCGACAAUCUGACCGGCCUCGUCACUACCGCCGGUUCACUGGACCGCGAACGGCAAAGCAGCUACACCUUCCUCAUAGUUGCCAUGGAUAGCGGCAAGUACGACGCGAAGAGCACCUCGAUACCCGUUGAGAUUAACAUCAGCGACGUGAACGAUAAUGCGCCGGUGUUCGAGAAGUAUCCAUUUCGUACGCGCGUGUCGAUCGGCACUCUACCGGGUCAGAAUAUUCUGCGGGUGUCCGCCAACGACGCCGACGAGGGUGCUAACGGGGAGAUCGUGUACUCGUUAUUGCACGAAGAGGAGAAGCCGAAAUUUCGGAUCCAUCCUAGCACCGGCAUGAUAACGGCGAGUCUAUCGUUGUCGCAGGAUAACGGCAAGGUCUACAACCUGGAGGUGUUGGCCAGAGACAAGGGAAACCCGCCGAAGAGUGCUAGAGGUUUGAUCGAGUUGCAGAUAGGUGAUCUGGCGGACCUGGCGCCGGCUCUGAAGUUUCAGAACGAUCCGUACAACGUCGUCGUUCAGGAAAAUGCACCAGCCGGAACGGAGAUCGUCCGGAUCACCGCGGUGCGCACUGACGGUAGAAGACAGCAUGUCUUCUACUUGAUCGUGUCGGGAAACGACUUCGAUACUUUUGCGAUCGACGAAAGUACCGGUCUGCUGCGCGUUAACGAUCCCACCAAGCUGGACGCGGAACUCUGGAACGAUUUAACGGUGAAACCCAGCGACGAGCUGCCGGCUGACGCGGGACGCACGGGUAACUCGUGGGGCAGAUCUCUGGAAGGCCAGCAGCCGAAGGAGGAGCCCAGGGAAAGCUCGAGGCACACUCUCAACGUGAUGGCUAGAACGGUGGGCCCGGAUACCCUCGAGGCGUACGUUAAGGUGAUCGUCAGGGUGUCCGAUGUCAACGAUAACCCGCCGAUCUUCACGCAAACGCAAUACUCUGCCACUGUGCUCGAGGGAAAUACCAAAGGAGACUUCGUUGUCAAGCUUUCAGCAAGUGACGCCGAUCAAGGGAUGAACAGCAGGAUCCUGUAUCAUAUUGUAGACGGCAAUCCAGACAAUGCCUUCACUAUAAGUCCACCAUAUAGUGGAGUCGUACGGACUAAUAUAGUCCUCGAUCGUGAGAUUCGCGAAAAGUACAGGCUAACUAUCAUCGCAACCGAUCAAGGGAAUCCUCAAUUAACUGGCACGGCUGCAUUGAGCAUACGAGUGAUCGAUGUCAAUGACAAUGAACCAACCUUCCCGGAACAUAAUAUCAUCGCAGUUUCUGAGGGCACCGCCAUGGGAACCGUGCUAACCACCAUCACGGCGAACGACGUCGACAGUUCGCCGGUGCUGACGUACCGUUUCGGCAACCUGACGAGUCCAGGACCUUUCAGCAUCGACCGCUACGGCGGCAAAGUCGUCCUACGGAAGCGUCUGGACGCCGAAACGCGCUCCGAGUACACUCUCCAGGUGAUCGCCAGCGACGGAAUUCACGAGGCUACGACCGACCUUACCGUGCGUGUCACCGAUCUCAACGACAACGCGCCGCGGUUCGAGCAGGCUGCCUAUGUGGCUGUCCUUUCAGAAGGACGAGACAACCUGCAGGAAAUCCUCACGGUGAACGCUACAGACGACGAUAUUUCGGAGGAGAACAGCCGGAUACGGUAUUAUCUGCUGCGACCUACCAAGGGAUUCUCGGUACACCCUGUCACCGGAGUCUUGACCGUCAAUCGCACAGCGAUACCGAGGCCGCUACCGAAGGAGUUGGACCUGGUGAUCGUCGCGGAGGACUACGGCAAGCCUCCGGCGUCGUCUGUGUGUUCGGUGGUCGUGCGGCUUAGCAGUUUAAAGAGCGCCCUUCCUGGGCGUGAGCACAAGAUCACGAUGAAGGAGAGCUUGCCGAAGGGUACGACGUUGAUGAGGCUCUCCGAGGUGGACUUGCUGGAUGGCGCUAUCGUUGCGGGCGACGAUAGCGAUGUGUUCGAGAUAUCUAGGGGCAGGUUGAUCCUCUCGAAGGCACUUGAUCGCGAGACGAAGGACAGGUACAUGUUGCGGUUAGGAAGUAAGAGUGAAAACAUGACGGCGGGCUCGCUGGUGGGAGACGAACCAGUGAUGGUGACGAUCAUCGUAGAAGACGUGAACGAUAACUACCCACGCUUCCUGGAAGAGUCUUAUAAAGUAUGGAUCAAAGAAGAUGCUCCGCGCGGAACGACCGUUGCGAUCUUACACGCCAAAGACGACGAUUUGCCUGACAGCCCGGCAGCCACGUUAGUGUAUGACAUCACCUCAGGGAACGACGGCGGCCUUUUCCGCGUCGAAAAGACGACCGGCGCUGUUUUGGUGAACUCCACGCUCGACUGCGACCUUGAGCCCGAGGUGUAUAAUCUCGUGAUGAUGGCGUGCGACAGCGAUCCGGUAUCGCCUCUCUGCGCGCUCGCAAAAUUGCAUAUUCACUUAGAGGACGUGAACGACAACUCGCCUAAAUUCCCCGUCUCCGAGUAUCUUGAAUUUGUCGGCGAGAACGAACCGGUCGGCACUACUGUCUUUUCCGCGCGUGCCUCGGAUCUGGAUCGAGGUAUCUUCGGUUCGUUGAAUUACUCCAUCGUUUCCGCCGCUGCGACCGGCUUCUCCGAUAUCGACGAUAGCUGGAAACUAUUCACCGUCGACGAGAAGUCAGGCACUGUCACCACACGCGCUAUGUUCGAUUACGAACAACGAAAUCGGUAUGCCUUCACGUUGCGCGCCACUGACACGGGUGGUCGUGCCGCGGCGGUACGUGUCAGGGUGGAGAUCGAGUCGAGGGACGAGUUCUACCCGCAAUUCACCGAGAAGACGUACCGAUUCGUAAUAAAGAACCUCGCUCAAGUAUUACCUGGCACGGUGAUCGGUCACGUGACGGCGACUGAUCGCGACAAAGGUCCCGAUGGUCGGGUCGUGUAUCAGUUGAUAUCUCAGCAUCCUUACUUUAAACUGAAUCGCACUACUGGCGCAUUGAUCGUAAAACAGAAGUUGAUACACAUUGACAUGGAUGUGGAGGAGUCGUCGAGGUUAAUGGUGAGCGCGAGUUCUGGUAGGCAAGGUUCUUUGUCCAAUAUGACGACAGUGGAGAUCACUCUGAUGGAGGACGACGAACCGAAUGGAGCUAGAGGAGCCACCGCUUUAGAUAUUGGGUCAAACAUGGCUGUGGCCACCGGCGGAGGCUUAGCUGAUUGGGCUCUGGGUCUGCUGAUCGCCGUUCUUCUGCUCGUACUCGCAUUCGGCACUAUUUUCCUCUAUUUUCACAUUCGUAAUCGUCGUCACAAGAAACCCGGCUCGAAACCAGGUUUGAACGGCGAGAACAACGCCACUGCGUCGAAUAGCUACGUGGACCCUAGCGCGUUCGACACGAUCCCGAUCAGAAGCGUGGCCGGAGUCGGUGCGAGCGGAAAUGGCAGUUCCGCGAGUGCCGGUGGAGCAGGUGGCGCUGCAUCCUGUCAAUUCGCUCCUCCAAAGUACGACGAGAUACCACCGUAUGGAACAUCCGGCCAAUCCGGGCAACAGCAGGCUACCUCCGAACUCUCCGGAAGCGAUCAGUCAGGCUCCUCCGGCAGGGGUUCCGCUGAAGACGACGGAGAAGACGAAGAGAUCAGAAUGAUCAACGAGGGUCAGCAAACUGGUGAUUCCGCGAGCGACCUUUCUGUUCAUAAUACUCAGGAAUAUUUAGCGAGAUUGGGCAUCGUGGACCCACCGGCUGGCACACCCAGAAGACCACCCGAAGCUCUACCCCUGGAUAGUCUGCAUUUGUUCGAGGACGAAGCCAGCACUGAGGCGGACAUCGCGACAUUGAUCUAUGGAAAGAUCGGUGAAGCUGGACGACCUACUUCCGGUUUGGAAGUGCCAGGUGGACCAUCGAUGAACGGUUCAUUGAGCUCCAUCGUGCACAGUGAGGAAGAACUCACCGGCUCAUACAACUGGGACUAUCUGUUAGACUGGGGACCUCAGUAUCAGCCGUUAGCUCACGUAUUUAGCGAGAUCGCCAGGUUGAAGGACGACGCCGCGAGCGUACAGAGCGGAAACUCCGGCAGCAGCGGCAAGACCAAGUCUGUACAUAAAGCACCGCCGCCACCAUUGCUCACCUCCGUCGCGCCAAGGUCAUUGGCGGCGCCGGCAUUGGCUAGAGGCAUCCUGCCGAGGUCGCCGAUCAGUCACGACGCCUCUACCUUUCCCUCCGCCGCGUUGAGUCCGAGUUUCUCACCCUCGCUGUCACCCUUGGCCACAAGAAGUCCCAGCAUCAGUCCUCUCGUGCCGCCCGCCACGCAGAGAUCCAGUCAAAGUGCCAAUCGAGGAAUUCCCGUUACCGACGCUGAGCUUAGGAUUUGAGGACCUUGCGAUUCCGUAUCCGGCGUGCCCGAUCGCGUGUACAAGUUUUAGUGUUAAUCCAGUGAUGACUAGCCGGGAAAAGCGGCACCGGUAAGCUGAUGCGGUGCCUCGUGUGCGUGUACGUGCGACGUGAACGCAUAUUCCUGUUGAUACUUGUUGUUAAAUGCGAUUGAUGUAACGAAUAUAGCUCUCUCUUUCUCAGACUGUGCAAACAACAUGACUUGCGGGUAUGGUGUUAACGAGUGAUUUUAAUUUAGGAGUUUCAAUUUUUGACCGGCCGUCGAAAUGAGCGACGACCGAAUUAUUCCUCUGCGCAAACGCUACCUUCCCGCGAUUAAUCGUCACUGUGUAAUUAAUUAACGAUGAUUAAUUAAGUAUGAGCGUUAUAGAUAGUCUCAAUUUACUGCGUGACGAGUGAUGAAAUUGAUAUCUCACUCUUUGAUGGGCGAUGUAUGUACGACUGAUGAAUCGAUGUCUUUUUUUGUUUUAAUUAUCAAAAGAUCAAUUAUUGUCUCGAUAUUUUACAGGGUAUAAUUUUCGUUCAAAUUGUCUCUAAAUCUGUCCUAUCAUUCGGAUUUUUAUUUCUCAGUAAUUAAUUUCACUUUUCAAUCAUUUACUAUACGUUGAGUAUUUAUGAGAAAAUUAAAAAUGAAUCGAUUAUUUUCGAUGUUUUGGAUGCCGAUUCUUUUUUUCAAUAUCGCCCUAUGUCACUCACAAGCAAAGUGAUAUGCGGGAAAGCGGCGAUUGCGUCUAGACAGUUCCGUGUUUGCAUACAAUACGAACGCGUCACUGGUUCCGGUUACAAUUAAUAGUUGAGCGGGAAGAAAAUACUUCUCUUUCUGUGAACGGAACGUGUUGUAAAUAUCCGCCGGAUGCGACGGCAUAUAGUCAUUAAGUAGCAUUGUAAAUAACAAUUCACGAGAAAUAGCGACGUUGUCAUAAUCAAAAGGAUAGACUGCUCUUAUGUAAACGGAAGCUCAAUGGUCGCGCCGUGUUCGUUGAAAACGCGUGGAUAUAUGUAUAUAUUACAAUCUAAUUUUAUAAAGUCGAAUCUCUUUCUUGUGGUUAAUGCUACACGGCGAAUACGGCAAUAUCAUUGGAGCGGAAGGAAAACCUGCGCCACCACGAGCGAACUGACCACACCAGAUUUCGUGGCGGCGCGUCUCUAAAUGCAAUCCUGUCUUUGUUUACUAAUUGUUAUUUUGCCCUUAUCCCCUGAACGCGAUCUCGAUGUAACGGGGGAUGGAAUCUCAGCCAGGCACAUAUACAUACGCACUGAAAAAAAAAAUAUAUAAAUGUAUGUCUGAUAUUUUGUAUAAAUCGCUCUUUGUACAAAGACUUCCGAGCUGAGGGCCACGCGACGUGGGCCUUAAAUAAAUGAAUUUUUUAGGAUA